UAAGCCAGUUGUGAGAUAUUUUUCUGUGGCUCUCGACAUUGGAUACUCUGCGGUACAGCAUACUGAUAAAAGAGCGUUAUGGUAUAUCCUCACCUUUUCGUGGUGCCAGAGGAGGAUCUUGCCGCAGGACCGGAGCCGUCGCCGAGAAUGUAUUCGGGGACGCACGAUCCCUCGUCUGCGUUUCACCAGAUCGCCCCGAGUAUGACUGUGGCCUCUCCUCACACGCUUGGAAAUGGAGGAACCUUCCCUGCCGCUCUCUGGCAAGGAUCAGUGAUGUCGCAGUCGAACUCCUCAACUAUGAACCACAACACGACUUCGUUGAGCUCGCAGGGCACAAGUGGGGUUGGAAUCAACAUGAACGAUGGGAGAGCAAACAUUUUCUUGCAGGAACAGCAACGACAACAGCUUCACCUACAACAAAUGGGAGGAGGUUCACUUCAAUCGCAGUUUGCUGGCGUGAAGCCUCCGGCAUCGUACGUCAGCCCGUCUCAUGCUCAUCCGUUUCUGUCGCAUCAUAGCGGAGAUUCUAACCGGGCUCCGUAUCCUUCGCACGGACCUAUUUAUUCCCACAGUGCAGAUUGGGGAGACCGCGCCGAUUCAAUUUUAGCCGCAGCCAUUGCCGUGACCAACGGAGGAUCUUCAGGAGGUCUUUCUAACAAUGGAGGAGGCCAAUCUGGCUUCGACAUUUUGGCACCAGAUGGCCGGCUGAACUUGAAUGUAGGUACACCUAGCGCUACGCGCGCCCAAGCAGCGACGGGACCGUUUACGAUGAACAACUCAACACCAUGGAUCGGCAGCGCACCUGCUGCCGGAAACUCAGCCAUGGGAGGAUUCGGUAUGCCCAACAACAGCAUCCAUACCGGUGGAGUCAACAUGCACUCGACGUCACAAGAUCAGCAACCAUCAUGGAACCAAUUCUCUUCUUAUUCGAAUAUGGGGACAACCAAUCCGAUUGGAAGUGGUAUGAGUGGACCAGCGCCACAUGUUUUUAACGCCACCGUCAGUGGACACAAGAAGCGGCGAAGCAGUUCAAUAUCGAGUACAGCUUCUCUCAAUCAUAUGGGACAAACAAGAGAAUCUUACAACGAUAGAAACCAUUUUUACCAAGAAAAUGAUUUGAGGAGAGGUCCAGCGAUGAUCGAUGGAGGGUUAAUGGGAGGUACACAGAGCGCGCAUAACAACGCGACGAAUACGGUGCGUGCCGAUAUGGAAAGGAUAAUAAAGCGUCCACAGAAAAAGAAACGAGCCAAAACGUUCCCUGAUAAGCUCAUGGAUGCCAUGAUCGGGCACGUCGAGGAAGAUGCCGCUGCGUGGCUUCCAGAUGGCAAGUCUUUUGUCAUUGUAUCGGC